CUGCAUAUGUAGACAGGGAAUGGCCUAUUAUUUUCUAGAAUAUUCCUGUGGCUUUUCCAAUACCAGGUAGACACGCAGCUGUCUGUAGGCCGAACAGGAAUCACCAUGGCCGAGGUGACGACGAAGAAAAGGGGCCGCCCUGCGAAGAAACAAAGUCCGCUGGACGAGGUGCUGUUGCAGCAAAAUGACGAGACUGAUGUGCCCCCGAAGGCGCGAGGCAGGCCGGCUUCGUCGUCCUCAAGGGCUUCUUUGGCGGCAGCGGCGAGGACGGGCAGGGCGAAAGUUGUCGGUGAGGUGGAGGAUGUGAUGCGAGAGAAGCCCAAAGCGUCGGCGGCGGCCAAGAGGAAAGCGGCCGGGGCCAUCAAGAUCAAGACGCCAGAUGCGGCAGCUCCCUCUGCGUCCAAGUCUCGCAAGACUCCAGCAAAGUCCCUCGCCAGUCAACACGAUGUGUCUGCCCCCGUGUCAGAAGGAAGGACAAAGGCAAAAGCUGUAGCUAAGAGCACAGAAGCCUCCUCGACUGUCCCUUCGUCUGCAUUGGAAAGCAAGACGCGAUUGGCACCAACGAGCCAGCCAACUACGACGCCAGCUGGUAUUGUAUAUCCCAAACCAUCCAUCUCCAAGAUCCUGGGGCACACCAAAGCAUUCUCGAAGCAAUCGGAUCAGCUGCAGCAGGAUAUCCUACAGCUCAUCAGCCAGAAAGAAGCUGCGUAUAGCCGGCCUCCAUCGUCGCCGCACAUCGAAUCUGAGAACGGGAAGACACCCACACUAGCAUCACACAUCUCUUCAGAGCCAGACGCAAUUCCCGUGCCAGCUAAUGAAACGUCGUCAAUGCCUCCUUCGACAGACGGGCCACCGAGCAUGGCAACAAGCGCAGCGUCGAGCGCGAGCCACAACACCACCUUGACAAGUGAAACGGUCCAUCCAUCCCUAACACAGACGAUUCCUUCCCUCACCCAGCAACAACAACAAGCCCAUCCCCAUACUCACCUACCGCCCUCUUUGCUGUCCUCUGGCAUUGCCGCCGCUCACACCCAGCACCAAGUCCGUCCAUACUCGUCCACGAAAGCGCUCCCCAUGUCCACCACCAUCGCCCUCGCCGCCCGCCAGCACGGCAGCGGCACAGGCGGCACCCCAGGAUCCCGGCCCUCGAUGCCACCACGUCCGACCAUCCCUCCGGAGGUGCCGCAUGGGCCCAAGCUGACCGAGCUGCCGCUCGAGCAGCUGAAGAAGGACCCUCGGUACCGGAAGGCGUCCACGCGGUAUACCACGUUUGUGGUGGCGCUGCCCUUUGCCAUCGUCAGCAGCUACUUCUUGUGGGAGCGGUACCGUGAACACCAGGCGUACCUGCAGAAAGUCCGGGACGUCCGAGCCAGGGCGCCGGGACCAGAUGAUUCAGCCUCGACGGCGGCGUCAGGGCCGGGGCAGCACGAUCGGAAAUAGAGAACGGCCUCACAGGCACUGGGCAGGCGAGACAGCACGGAUUGCUCAAUUGAGGGAGAAGUACCGCCUGGAUCUUUGAGAGUCGAGACAACAACCCCAUCCAUCUGUCCGUCCAUCUAGGAAUGCCUGAUACGACGAGAGUGUACCCAAAGGCUGGACCAUACAUGUCCUUCCUACUUAGGGCCUCCAACCUCUUUGUUGACAUCGACGUUGGGUCCGGAUGCAACCGCUCUCUACCACCACCGCCCUCCCUGGUCCCAGUCCCUAUUGGUGUGACUACUUGUCUAUUUUUGUGCCCUUUGAACCAAGGCAUCAGAGACGAGCGAGACAAAAUGGACCUCCACCGUCCUUUCCUUUGACUUCGAUCUCGACUUCCCCGGCCUUGAAGACCGCGUAAUACCAAACGGGAGAGAAAACCGAUGUGCAAGAUGUGCAAUGACCUCUCCAGAAUGGAAUGGAACGGAACGGAAACGUGAAUGGAUGACACUAGGGGAGGGAUUAUGACAUACCUAGGUAGUCAAUAGCGGAUUGGGG